AUGUAUAAAAUGGAAUAUUCUUACCUCAAUUCCUCUGCCUACGAGUCCUGUAUGGCUGGGAUGGACACUUCGAGCCUGGCUUCAGCUUAUGCUGACUUCAGUUCCUGCAGCCAAGCCAGUGGCUUUCAAUAUAACCCUAUAAGGACCACUUUUGGGGCCACUUCUGGCUGCCCAUCCCUCACUCCAGGAUCCUGCAGUCUCGGCUCUCUUAGGGACCACCAGAGCAGUCCAUACGCAGCAGUUCCUUACAAACUCUUCACCGACCACGGGGGUUUAAACGAGAAGAGGAAACAGAGGCGAAUCAGAACCACCUUCACCAGCGCCCAGCUCAAGGAACUGGAGAGGGUGUUUGCAGAGACUCAUUACCCCGAUAUAUACACCCGGGAGGAGCUGGCGCUCAAAAUAGACCUGACCGAGGCGAGGGUGCAGGUCUGGUUCCAGAACCGCCGCGCCAAGUUCCGUAAGCAGGAGCGGGCGGCGGCGGCAGCGGCGGCGGCCGCCAAGAACGGGGCGGCCGGCAAGAAAUCCGACGCCUCCCGCGACGACGAGAGCAAAGAGGCCAAGAGCACCGACCCCGACAGCACCGGCGGCCCCGGCCCCAACCCCAACCCCGCGCCCAGCUGCGGCGGAGGCGGUGGCGGCGGACCCAGCCCCGCCGGCGGGCAGGGAGCGGCCGGGCCCGGCGGGCCAGGAGGGGAGCCGGGCAAGGGAGCGGCAGGGCCCGGCGGGCUGGCGGCAGCGGGGCCGGGGCAGGGCUGGGCGCCAGGACCCGGGCCCAUCACCUCCAUUCCCGACUCGUUAGGCGGCCCCUUCGCCAGCGUCCUCUCCUCGCUGCAGCGGCCCGGCGGUACCAAAGGCAGCCUCGUCAAGAGCGGCAUGUUCUGA